UCUUCUGUCUCGUCACAUGUGUUUCUGUGCUGUCAAAUAGACAACACGUACAAAGUGCUGCUUUGGCAAAUUAGAAAUCGCUUUACUCAGUGGACAAGUCAUGCCUGAAGACGUGAGUGUUGUAGUGGUGGGUUCUUGUAUGACCGACUUAGUAAGUCAGGCACCUCGACUUCCCAAGGCUGGAGAGACGAUACACGGACACAAGUUCUUUAUCGGUUUUGGUGGUAAAGGGGCCAAUCAGUGUGUCCAAGCUGCACGAAUGGGGGCCAAGACUGCCAUGGUGUGCAAGGUCGGCAGAGACGUUUUUGGGAACGACUACAUUCAAAACUUCAAAAAUAAUGGCAUAUCGACUGCCUAUGCAGAACAGACUGAAAAUGCUGCAACUGGAGCUGCCUCUAUCAUUGUAAAUGACACAGGGGAGAAUGCCAUAGUGAUUGUCGCUGGUGCUAAUAUGCUUCUGGGGCAAGAGGAGCUACAGCGGGCACAGUCUGUCAUCGUAAAUGCCAAGGUGCUCAUUUGCCAGCUUGAGAUCAACCCAGAUGCAUCACUGCAGGCCUUGAGAAUGGCCAAAGAGAACCACGUGAAGACCAUUUUUAAUCCAGCUCCUGCUAUUGCAGACCUGCAUUCUGAUUUCUACAAAGCAUCUGAUGUUUUCUGCUGCAAUGAGACUGAGGCAGAGCUGUUGACGGGUCUGUCUGUUAUCUCAGUGGAGGAUGCCAGUCGAGUAGGCCUGGAGCUGCUAAGCAAAGGUUGUGGUUCAGUCAUUGUCACCUUGGGGUCACAGGGCUGUGUGGUGUGUCAGUCCACAAACACGGCCCCUAAACACAUUCCCACCACUGCGGUCACUGCUGCGGAUACCACGGGAGCAGGCGACAGCUUCAUUGGUGCUCUGGCUUUCUACAUGGGCCAUUAUCCCACAAUGCCGCUGGAAGAGAUGGCCAGGAGAGCCAACCUCGUCGCAGCAGUGUCUGUACAAACUGUCGGCACACAAACAUCUUUUCCAUUUCAGAAGGAUCUGCCAACUGAACUAUUCUGAAGGUGACGCCAAGGUUUCAUCACCACCGUUAAUCUGUGCACAGUGUCCACAGAAUUAUUGUUUGUAUAAUAAACAAUACCAAGUACUGGAGAGUUCUUGAUAAUGUAAUUUCCUAGCAUUAUUCAUUUGUUAAUGAUUAUAUCAUUAUAUGAUAUGUAACAUGUUUAAAUCUCUGAAAAUUAAAGUCACAUUUAUUUGUAGAGCACUUUCCACAAUUCACUGUUAAGAGAUUUACAUACUGGUCAGUUUUGUUCAAAGCAAGAGUAAGCAAUUCUCAAAGGGCAGUAGUAAAAAUACUCAGGCAUAUACUGGGAGAAAGUUAAGGAAUUUAAAUAAUGUUGUAUUUAUGAGUAAAUUCAGAAUUACUAUAAUGUGAUGGUGUUCCUUACUGUGGUUGAAAGUUUCAUGAUAAAGAUUUUGGUUGAAAACGACAAACCAUGUCAAUAUACAUAAAGUACAAACAGCACAGCUGGUUUUUGUAUAUUUGAAUUGCUGUUAUUUUUGUGGUAACAAUUAUGUACACAGAUCUCAUUUUUUUCUACAAAAUAAAUUUUGCUGGCUAAUUAUCCCAACAAAUCCA